AUGGAGCUCGAAGAUUCCGUGACAUAUGCUGGUUGGGUAUUUAAAGAAGGAAGUCUCGUUCGGUCAUGGAAGAAACGCUUCUUAGUGUGUAAACGUGCAGAAUUGGCCUAUUACAAGAAUACAGACGAGGAGAAUCAUGCACAGCUAUUGGGUGCAAUGACGGCCGCACACAUUGAGCGUUUACCGGAUAUCACAAAUGGUCUCUUAAUCCAUGGAACGGAAGGUCGUCAGCUCAAGAUAUUUACCGAUACAAAAGUAGAAUGUGAUCGAUGUUAUGAGGCAAUUGUCAAGUAUUGCAAGAUGCAGAAUCCAAAAGAUGAAACACAACAGCGAGUGGGGUGGCUGGAAAAAGAAGGACAGCAUUUUCGAACAUGGAAGAAACGCUAUUUUGUACUACGUGGGACUCAAUUGACGUACUCGGCUACAAUGGGGACUGAAAGAUUAGGAGGUGGUCAAGUUAUUGGGGUGAGAAACGAUACGACAAGACCUUAUACUCUAGUAGUGACAUUUGAAGCAGGACGAGAAAUGCGAGUCGGGGGAAAGUCUGAAGGAGAUAUUGAUGAGUGGCAGAAAGCUCUGCAAUGCAGUCUGGAGUAUGCCCAGGAGCAGAGAAAAAGCCAGGAGAAACGGUUGUCGGUUGAUGAUGACCCGAGAAACGUCAGGGACAGGGAGUUUACUAAGAGACAAGAGAAUGCAUUGAGUGUUGAUGUGACAGAAGAAGAAGCAAGCGCGCUGUUUGGGCCUGCUCCUAUCGUAGCUGAUGAUGCUCCAUCGAUGCAUGCAAGUACGGAGGCAGUGCUACAUGAAGAGAUGAAGACGGAAGAAGAUCAUCCCGAGGAAGGCGAGGUUAAAGAGAACAAGAGGCCACCUGAGCUUUAUGCUGCCAGCUCGUUCCGACGCCAUAUUGUGGUGGAGACAAUGCCCGAUAACACAGCGAGCUUUGUUGAAGUGGCGGAAGAGCGCGAGAGUGAGGACAAUGGAGAGAAACCAUACUCCCCUACGGCACCAGGUUCUACUGCGAUUCGUCGCAUGCGAUUGGCAGAGAAGCUAUUGCAGGAAGAGCUGGAAGAAGAGCGUCGGGAAGCUAUGAUGAAGGAAAACACGGUCCUUAUGCGUCCACCUAGUAAGUCGGAUGACCCUGAAGUAAAGGGCUGCUGCUGCAUCGUCAUGUAA